AUGUCCAAGACAAGUAAGCGAAAAUCUAGUGAAGCUUCAAGUAAAAACAGCAAAUCUUUAUCUACUAAAGACUCCCACAAACGUCCUAGUGUUUUUGAAAGACUAGGUACUAAAGCAACUACUUUGUCAGUUAAUACUUUAUCACUAAAUACUGCAAAUCAAGCAGAAUUUUGUAGAAAUUGGGCCCAAAAUGGAUCUUGUCCCUAUGGUAAAAAUUGCAAGUUAUCUUACAGUCAUGUAUUAAUAAGCCCUUCCAAAAGAAGCUUCAAGAAAGAUAUUGAUUUAGAGAAACGUGUGCAAAACUCAAUUUUGUGUCGAGCCAGUCCUUCUGAAGUUGGUGUUGAUUGGGAAAGCUGGGAUCAGAGUGAAUUAGAAUAUGAAGAUGAAAAGGCUCUUGAAAGAAGAAGACAACUGCUACAACGAGAAUUAGAACUUCAAAUCAAAAAAGAGAUCCAGAAACAAGGGACUAACAAACAGCACCGCAGCAGUUCAACUUCGAGUGAAACCUCAAGUAGUUCCAGCAGUUCUAGUUCAUCUGGUUCAACUAGUGAUUCGAGUCUGAGCUUAAAAAAGAAACCUGAUCAAAAGUCUGUGAGUCCUACUUGUCUGGAGAAAACUUUUGGAAAAAAAAAUAUGGGAAAAGGACUGCAUAAAGAAAGUCCACCAAGAAAAAGCUCUGCUUCAAAGAAAGUUUCUCCACCUCGUAAACCUUCUAGAAGAAAAAGCUUAUCUCCAGUCAGAAAACCUGGAUUAUCUCCUCCGUCUAAAUUAAAAGCAACAUCAAGCAGGAGUAAUGAUAGAGGGACCAGGAGAAACGAUUCACCAAUUGGUAGUAGAGGAAGAACUCCUGAUAGAAAGCAGACCAGUCGUAGUAGUGGCAGUGGUCGUAGAAGUCCUAGACCAUCAGUGACAAGAAGAGGAAGAAGUCCAAGACCUCGCCCUCCUUCUAGAAACAGAUCUCCAGACCGUAGAAAAGAAGAUGAUCGGAAGACAAAGGAUGAUACUCGAAGAAAUGACAGAAAAACAGAUUUCAGAGAUAAAAGAGAAGCAGCUCGUGAAAAAGAAAGAGUGGAAGCUCUAGAAAGAUGUAGAGAAAGACAAAGGGAAAGAGAAGCUUUGGCAAAGGAAAGAGAAAGAGAGAGAAAGGAGCGUGAAAAGAGAAGAAGGAGUUAUGGUUCAUCCAGGAGAAGUCCUCCAAGAGAGGAAAAAAGGCAUGAUAGAAAGGCAGAAAGAGAACGCAGUUAUUCAAGGGAACGUGCACGUGACCGUGCUUUGGAAAGGGUAAUGGAAAGGAGAGGAAGUUCUCGAGAAAGAAGUUAUGAACGACCUUACUCUCAAAACAGUCCAUCAUAUAGAGGUGGUACUGACAGAAAUCGUUAUGGAAACGAAAGAUUAAGUUCUGAACGUAACUCAACUAGGGAUGAUAGAAGGGGUCGUCGAUGGGUUGAAAGCCGAGAGAAACAAAGUGGAAGUCAUGAAUGGUCUGAGCAUGCAGAUUGGGAAAAUCGUUCUUCCAGAUGUGAAGAAAGAGGGGAUGAAUGGUGUUCUUAUAGUGGCUCAGUAUCAGGAAAUGGAGAUUGGAGGUCGCGAUCUCAUAUGUCACAUCAUGAUGACAGAAGAAAUCAUCAUAGUGAUAAAGAGAAAGACCAUAUAAAUGAUGUUUCUAAGGGAGAAAAAGAACAAAAAGAAGUCAAUGCCUCGAGUAGCUCUAAAAGAUCAGGUGAAGAUGUAGAAAUAGAAAUCAAACGUUCUAGACUUGAUGAAGUACCUUUACAAGAAGAAUUAAGUGAUAUUAGUGAUGAUCCUGAUGAUAUAUUGAACAGAGAAGAUACAGAAUUCAUGGAUCAUGAUGUGAUGGAGGAUGAUGCUGGUAGUCUAACUGAAAGUAGCAAACAUAUUCAUGGCCAUGAAGAGGGAUCUCAGCUUCUUACUCCGCCUGGAGAAAGGAAUGUGGAUUCAAGAAUUACCGAAGAUGAUGGUAUUGUAUCCUUAGAUUUUGAGGAAAUAUCUGAUGAAGAAUUGGAAGAGGAAUCAAAAUGUAAUAAGGGUGUAAGUGUUGUUGAUGCUCUUGGAGUGGAUUGGGCCAGUUUGGUUGCAGAAUGGAGACCAUCUCGAGAAAUUUCUAAAAAAGGAUCUGCAAGAAAAAAUUGGAGUUCAUCAGCCAUAUUUAAACGAAUUAGAGUGUCUCAAGAUUUUGCUGGGGAUAAACUUAUUGCUCGCUUGGCAAAGAAACAUUCGUCAGGUGAAGGAAAUACUUCCAAUAUGGAAAGCAUUGAACUUUCAUCAAAUAUUUUACAAAAUAAACAAGCACUAUCUGCUAGAGCUGAUAUAAUAAUACGGAGACAGUUAUGUGGUCUUCCAGUGAUAACUUCUGAAACUCAUCCAACUACAGGACUUUGUCAGUGGGCAGUGUAA